GACGUGAGGCCCCGCCCCCCGCGCCUCGCCGCUGCCGCCGCAACUUGAGGGCGCGCGGCGGGCUGGGUGCGCGCCGAGCUCCGCGGCUGCCCCGCGCCAGCGCAGCGCCCGCUCCGCGCCGCACCGCAGCCUUCCGCCGCCCCCCGCCAUGAGUGGAAUUACGGCGGCGGCCGCCGCGCGGUAACUGGGAUUUCCCCGCUCUGCACCGCUCUGCUCCGCGCCGCGGAGGAAAUUAACAGUUCAAGGAAAGCUUUAGGAGGAGAGCUUUCUUGGAAGGAAAUAAUACGUAUUUGUUUCCUAAGAAGAAAACCAUCUGAAUUAAAUAACAUUUCUACAGUAAAAUACCUUGCAUUCUUUUGCAAGGAGGGAAUUAUUUCUGCAUUACAAAUUCUGAAGUAUUAAAAAGUGGAAGUUGGAAAACAGUUCCUUUAAAGAGGUGUGGAUAUAUCAGGAUGUAGUUACUGUACAAACUUUAUACUUGGAUAAUUUUGUACAGAAAAAAACCCUGUUCCUGACCUCCUGAAGAGGCUAUCAUCAUUCAAGCCUCAGCAUAAUGAAUGGUUUCCAUCAUGUGGAGCUGAAAUUACCACCUCUGACUACUACGCUACACAGAAGAGUUUGUAAGAAUUACAAAGACAGUUAUUCCUGUUAAAAGCAUUAAACCAAACAAAAGAGGCUCUUCAUUCACAGACCUUAUAUGAAGACAAAAAUAGAAGUCUUAUUGCGGGACAGUGACAGGAAGUUGAAGCUUUUCUGUCCCACAGCCUGGUGUGCUUAUGCACCAUGAUAAAUCUUUGUUGGAAUGUUCACUGAAUUUUAGUGCCAGUAGCCUGGAAACAUACCUACCAAGAAGGAUCGUUUGAGUAAACACGGUCAAGAAAAAACAACUACAUGGAGUAAACCGUACUACAGUGACUCGCAAGAAAAGAAAUUCCGUUUACUGGAUAUCCUCAAGCACAAAAUUUACUCAUACCUUUAAAUACGAUUGCUGAAGAUCUGAACUGUAUCCAAAUCUCAUCAUUCCUGACCAUGAUUAGCGUAACCUGGAACAUCUUCCUAAUUUGGACUAAAAUAGGGCUGUUACUUGAUAUGGCACCUUCUUCUGUCAGUGCCAAACCAUGCCCUUCAGUAUGUCGCUGUGAUGUGGGUUUCAUAUAUUGUAACGAUCGCGAUUUGACAUCUAUUCCUACAGGAAUCCCAGAGGAUGCUACUACCCUCUUCCUUCAGAACAAUCAAAUAAAUAAUGCUGGGAUUCCUUCAGAACUGAAGAACUUGCUUAGGGUGGAAAGAAUAUAUUUAUACCACAACAGCCUGGAUGAAUUCCCUACCAACCUCCCUAAGUAUGUUAAAGAACUGCAUUUGCAGGAAAAUAAUAUAAGGACCAUUACUUAUGAUUCACUUUCACAAAUUCCUUAUUUGGAAGAACUGCAUUUGGAUGAUAAUUCAGUUUCUGCUGUUAGCAUUGAAGAUGGAGCUUUCCGGGACAACAUGUAUCUCAGACUUCUUUUUCUCUCUCGAAAUCACCUUAGCACCAUUCCCUGGGGUUUGCCUAAAACGAUAGAAGAGCUACGCUUGGAUGAUAAUCGUAUUUCCACAAUUUCAGAGCUGUCCCUUCAAGACCUUACAAAUCUAAAACGCCUCGUUUUAGAUGGAAAUCUUCUAAAUAAUCAUGGAUUAGGAGACAAAGUCUUCAUGAAUUUAGUCAAUCUUACAGAACUGUCGUUGGUCCGCAAUUCACUUACAGCCGCACCAGUAAAUUUGCCAGGAACAAAUCUAAGAAAGCUUUAUCUGCAAGAAAAUCAUAUAAAUCGCGUGCCACCUAAUGCUUUCUCUUACUUAAGGCAAUUGUAUCGACUAGAUAUGUCCAACAAUAAUCUUAGCAAUUUACCUCAGGGUGUCUUUGAUGAUCUGGACAACAUCACUCAGCUGUUCCUUCGCAACAACCCAUGGCACUGUGGGUGCAAAAUGAAAUGGGUACGUGACUGGCUACAGUCAUUACCUUUAAAGGUUAAUGUACGUGGACUGAUGUGUCAGGCACCAGAAAAAGUACGUGGAAUGGCUAUCAAAGACCUCAAUGCAGAACUAUUUGAUUGUAAGGAUGAUGGUAUAAUAAGCACCAUCCAAAUCACUACCGCAAUACCAAACACAUUAUAUCCGGCCCAAGGACACUGGCCAGUUUCUGUGACCAAACAACCAGACAUAAAAACUCCCAAUCUGAAUAAGAACUACAGAACCACAGCAAGCCCAGUACGCAAAAUUAUUACAAUAUUUGUGAAAUCUGUAAGCACGGAGACUAUUCAUAUCUCUUGGAAAGUUGCACUACCAAUGACUGCUUUAAGAUUGAGUUGGCUCAAGAUGGGUCACAGCCCUGCCUUUGGAUCUAUAACUGAAACAAUAGUUACAGGAGACAGAAAUGACUAUUUACUUACAGCUCUGGAACCAGAAUCACCCUACCGUGUAUGUAUGGUUCCCAUGGAAACCAGUAACACCUAUCUGUCAGAUGAAACUCCUGAAUGCAUCGAGACUGAAACAGCACCUCUUAAAAUGUACAAUCCUACAACAACCCUGAACCGAGAACAAGAGAAAGAACCUUACAAAAAUUCCAGUUUACCUUUGGCUGCCAUUAUAGGAGGUGCCGUGGCUCUAGUAGCUAUAGCACUGCUGGCGUUAGUGUGCUGGUAUGUUCACAGAAAUGGAUCCUUGUUCUCACGGAACUGUGCGUACAGCAAGGGACGCAGGAGAAAAGAUGACUAUGCUGAAGCAGGAACUAAGAAGGAUAACUCCAUCCUAGAAAUCAGGGAGACUUCUUUUCAGAUGAUACCAAUAAAUAGCGAUCAAGUGUCCAAGGAGGAGUUUGUAAUACAUACCAUAUUCCCACCUAAUGGAAUGAAUCUGUAUAAGAACAGCCACAGUGAAAGCAGUAGUAACAGGAGCUACAGAGACAGUGGUAUUCCAGAUUCAGAUCAUUCACACUCAUGAUACUGAAGGAAAUGAAAGACUGAUUUGAUUUUUUAAACAAGAAAAGACUGACUUUAAAGGUUGCUGUUCUACUGCAAAACACUGGAUAAAGAGAACUGACAAAGCAAUGUACUGUACAUUUGCCAUAUAAUUUAUAUUUAAGAACUUUUUAUUAAAAGUUUCAAAUUUCAGGCUACUGCUGCGAUUAAUGUAGUGGGGAUACCUGACCACAAUUCUAUAUUUUAGUAUUUUUUAGUAAUUUGUACUGUAUUUUCCUUGCUAAUAUUGAAGUUACAGACCAUUUAACUUUUGUGUUCUACUGAGUAAGAUGACUUGUUGACUGUGAAAGUGAAUUUUCUUGCCGUGUUGAGCAGUCAGAACAUUCAUCUGAGAUCCUUGUAAGUGUAAGCACAGGCCAUUUUUCACUUUGGUAUUAAUAAAAUAAUGUUAAACCUGGCAAAUCAAGAAAAUUAAGAAGUGGUUGCAAAAACUCACAGAACUAUAAUGUAGGGUCUAUUAAAUCUGUAAACCACAACAAUAUUCAAUAAACAAAAGUGUGUGUAAGUAAUGGGCAAUAUCAGCUGUCUGGAUAUAUCCAUUCAACAAUGGUGAGAUCCAAUUUAAAAGAUAAUCAUCAAGCCAAUUAUGUGCAUGAGACAAGCUGUUGAUGAGUAAAAAAACUGAUCCCUGGAAGUAAGUAUAAUGAAAUUCCUAACAAGGAGUUAAUGGAGAAGAAAAAAAAAAAAAAAAAAAAAAAAGGAGAAAAAAACCACACACUAGCUUCUACAAACUAAAGGGGUAGAUAUAGUUUAGGGUUAGAUUUCUGGUUCCCAAAACCAGUUGUCUGCUUAUUAUAGAGAAAAAGUGAUGAAUGAUCCCAGGCAUUUGGGAGGCAAGGACAGGAGGACUGACAAAACACUUAGAAAUAGCUUGGAAUGGAAAAAGUACCACAAAUACAGUUCAUAAGGGGAAAAAAAAUGAGGACAGAAACAGGCAAUACAAGCAAGAUCUCAAAACAAUUUAGUCACGAAGGUAAUCAGACAGUGGUAUACUAUGAAUUCUAACUAUCGAAAUACAGCUAUUUUAAAGCAUAUAUACUCAAACAGUCUACAGAUGUUUAUUAAAAAUGCUGUCAUUACAGUCAGGAAUACUGCCCAUUACUGUCACAAUUUUCCAGAAAUUCCAUAAUAAAUCUGUAAGGUAAAAUGUUUCUUUCUGGCUUCCAACCAGAUUAUGAGCUACUUCAUGUUUAAACUCCAGGCCACUCUUUGUUGCCAUAGUCAUUUGUUUCUUCACCUAGAAACCAAAGUGCAUUGUACGCCCUUUGGCCAGUCUUGUAUGUGCCUUGAUCCAAUGCUACGUGUAUCCAGCUUUUUUUUUUCUUUUAAAGAACCAAAAAAAUAAAAUACCCACUUUUUCAUACCUAAUUUAAAUAUGAAAAAUAUUGGUCUUAUUGAUGAAUAAAGUUGAAAAAUUAGUACAGAAUAACGUGUUUUGCUUUCCCUGAUGUGCACUAAUGCAGUUAAGAUAUUAAAACCAUAGGCCACACAUCUGCAGUGCACUGAUAGGAAAUCCACUCAGAAGCUACUACUUUUCAGGUUGUAAGCUUUGCCUGUUUCUUUGUUCAACAGACUUGUCACGCUACCAGAUUUUUUUUUUUAUUAUGAUUAUUUACUGUGAAAACAAGUUGUCAACAAUGAAAGGGAGGGAAGCUGUGGAGUUAUAAGUCUCUGAGAUAUAAAUGCGUCUUUCAACUACAGCAGCAAAUAAAAAGAUAGAGGGACAUACAAAUACUUAAUAUUUUGGACAUUUCUGACAAACAAAGAAUGUAUACAAAAUGCAAUUCAACUUCUUUAAGACAAUUUUAGUAAUGCCUGGGCAGUCCAUUUCCACAAAAGUGGUACAGAAUGGAAGAUGACAGAAAAGAAGUUACAAACCCUGAGAUCAAUGAAUUCAACAGGCAGGAACCCACCCUCCUCCCAGGGAUCCAUCUACCUGCGCAGACUCAGAACUUCCAAACCUACAUGGCUCUUCUCACCGCACUUUCCAGAUGUGGCCAGGAAAGUUUGUCCCCAAACCAUCCAUGUCACAGUACUGUCUCCUCAACUCCACCCUCAAAAAGACUGCAAUUUCCAAGCAGUGAAGGAGGGGGCAGUCUACAACCGAGGAGUAGCACUGUGCUUCACCGCUGACCUUACAUAAACACAUCUUUAGCUGGAGCACUGACUGGAUUUCAUGAUGUCAAAAGUAACAGAAAGGGGCAUAUCAUGCUAAAUAAUCCUGUGCACGGUUCUGUGUAAUGCACUAAACGGGACUAUUUUACUCUUAUUUUCUCAUCAGGUACAAAUCUAGAGAAAGGUGAGAAAGCCAAGAGUAAGCCUGUGGAGCCUCAUUAUGUUCUUCUGCAAAAAGUUUCUAGCACAGUAAAUGGGAAUGCAAAGCCAACACAGAUGGAGAAGACAGACUGCUUUUUCUUCAUAUAAACUAGCAUAUAGGGAAGCUUCAAUCUGAGAUUCAUUCAAUGGCAGGGUCACUGGCAAUAGAUUAUUCUUUUGCCAUCAACUCUCCAAGAGCAAAAUUAAACUGUUUUUUCUUCCUGGAUUUUCAAGCUUUUGGGGAGGAUUUCACAGAAAAUCUCCCCUAGUUGUCUCCAAAUUUGUGUUGUGGAAAGGGCAAAAGAAAACUCGAUGAGUAUUUUCCCAUGCUUCUUCUGAGGUCACCCCAAGGCAGCCCAGUAAUGGUGCAUCAGAUGAUUCCAAUGCAGAGGUCAUAUGGGCUAUAAAAAGUUACCACUUGGGAAGAAGAAAUUUGAGUGUGAAUCUCAAGUACAAGAACAUUUUUAUGUAAAAUUUAUGUACUAUGAGACAGUAAUAAGCAAAUCCAGAGCAACUUCAAGUCAGUUGGCCUAGAUGUUCUAGGUUUACUUCCAACAAAAAGAGGGUGAAAAACUGGAUCAGUGAUUCCAUCCUCUGUGGAAAACCAGACAAGGUUUACAGGGAGAGAUGGUACCUUACUAAUCCAGUUGAUAUCAGUGGGAAAAAAACUGGCACAUUCACACAUACAAGACCUUCCUCAGGUUCUACAGCAACAUUUAAAGAACGUGCAUUGUAUUAAAAUGGCAAGUAGAAGAUUACUUUCAAACUGGAGUAAAUGCAUUUUUUUCUUCUAAUAUUUACAUAAAUUUCCACUCCAUGUUG